AUCUAAUCACAUUUGCAUGUUUUCAAACUGCUAGGUUGGCAGGAGCUAGGACUGACAGAUGGGAGCUCUCCCCAUCUUGCAGAUUUGAACUGCCAACUUUCAGGUCAGCAGUUCAGCCAACCCCAGGUCAGCAGUUCAGCAGCACAAGGGUUUAACCCAUUUUGCCACAGCGGCCCGCAUAAGCAUAGAUCCUAACUCUGGCAACUGGCACUCUAAAAGUUAACAACACAUGUAAUACAUAUCUUUUGCACACUUACUUAAAUGUAAGAUCCAUUUGAUUUAUUUUUAUAUCACAAUAAAAAUGUCUCCAACAUAGUACAGUAUUGAAUAUCUUGCAUACAGCCAAUUAAACCUAUUUCAGUUCCAGGUUUUAACAGUAAAAUAUAGAAAAAGUCAUAGAAUAGAAAUAUAGAAUCAUAGAACUCGAAAGGACCACAAGGGCAGCUAAAUAGAGGAGGGUGGAGCAAAAAGAAGAAAACUUUUUGGGACAUAGCUGUGGCCUAUGUAUGCAUGACUGUGAAGGAAAAGAAGAACAACACUUCCCUUUCCAUUAUGAAGUUCCUCUUUUGUUAAAUACAUAGUUAUGAACCCCUCUUAAUUAAGAGACAGCAAGAGAUUCAAGCUUUCCUGGCUUCCAAAUGUUUCUGCCUUUCCUGCCUGAAUGAAUGUUGAAAGCAGAGAACUUGCUGAAGAGUUGGAAACUAAUUUACUUCAACUCUACAGACCCAAACUGCAGUUUUGGCAAGACUCCUUCUGAAUCCAGAUGGCAUCAGAAAUCACGUAUGCUGAAGUGAAGUUUAAUAAAACACCUCCACCUGCAGACCCAAAAGCAUCAUCAAAAACCGAAACAUCUCUGAGUCCAUUCCAAAGAAUCCCCUUCUGGUUUCCAUGGAUGAUGUCAGGAAUAUUGCUCUUGCUGUCCAUUGCACUUCUUGUUUGCAUCUUUGUGCCCCUCCAGGGAUGGCAGAUGAAGACCCUCCUCAAGAGCCUACCUCAAAAUUCUACAAGUUUGCACUGUCUCCUGGAAACAGAACAAAAGCUGUCAUGUUGUAAGGAAGGCUGGAAGUCAUUUCAAUCCAGCUGCUAUUAUUUCUCUACACAAAGAGGUACCUGGAAUAACAGUAGGCUGAUGUGUAUGGAGAUGAAAUCUGACCUGGUUGUGAUAAAUGCAGAAGCUGAGCAGGACUUCCUGAUAAAUCAGACAAAAAAUCUGAGUCAAACCACCAAUUAUUUUAUCGGCCUCACUGAGCAAGAGAAGAAAGGUGAAUGGCGAUGGGUAGAUCAGACUACUGUUAACUCCACAGGAACAUUCUGGAGAAAAGACGAACCCAGCCCGGGUGACGAGCCCUGUGUUGUUAUGCAUAUAACAGGAACAAGAGAAAAGAAGAACUGGAAUAAUGUCAGAUGUGGCCCGGAUGACCACCACCACUACAUUUGUGAAUCCAAGGCAUUUGUUUUAGAUUGUGGAUUUUAAUCUCCAUCAAAACAGUGACAGCAGAAGGAUGGGGCAGAGAAGCCAAACAUAUCUCUUAAUAUUGUUCAUUUGGAACUAUGACUGGGGCAGGGUGGGGGACCCAUCCAGGCCUUAGUAGUAUCUAAGAAAGCUGUGCAUCUUCAUUUCACACAUGUACUCUCUUUCUCCUGCUGGAAAGAAUGUUCUGUAGAAUUUUUCAAAAGAAUCAUUUCCAAGCUCAACGGCAAAAAAGACUAUACAGUAGAGUCUCACUUAUCCAAGACUCGCUUAUCCAAGGUUCUGGAUUAUCCAAGGCAUUUUUGUAGUCAAUGUUUUCAAUAUAUUGUGAUAUUUUGGUGCGUAAAUUCAUAAAUACAGUAAUUACCACAUAACAUUACUGCAUAUUGAACUGCUUUUUCUGUCAAAUUUGUUGUAUAACAUGAUGUUUUGGUGCUUAAUUUGUAAAAUCAUAACCUAAUUUGAUGUUUAAUAGGCUUCUCCUUAAUCCCUCCUUAUUAUCUAAGAUAUUCGCUUAUCCAAGCUUCUGCCGGCCCGUUUAGCUUGGAUAAGUGAGACUCUACUGUAUUUGUGUUGGCUUAUUAUUAACCGUACAACCGGCUUUUGAACAGAGCCUCUAAAGCAGUGGUUCCCAACCGUUUUUUGACCAGGGACCACUCUCCAACAUUACAAAGUUAAAAAUCAGUUUUUGGUCAACUUUAGAUUUGGUUUGGUUAUUUGGGCUGCUGAUUCAGAAAAUUGCAUUGGACAGACCACAUCAGCUCUAGUUUCUGAUACAGAACAUAUGCCAACCCAUAGUCGCCAUCUGCUCGCCCACAGAAAACCAUAUGUAAUAAUCAAGAGCUGGUGUGAUCUAUCCAAUGCAAUUUUCUGAAUCAGCACCCCAAAUAACCCCAGGAACAGGCCUAAAAACGAAGACACCAAGGCACCCCCACUUCCAGGCGCCACAUGGAAUGGCUCUGCUCAGGGGGAGGGAGAAGGAGGAGAAGCAGCAGUCAGGAAACUUUUCGUCGCACGUUUCGUGGGUAGUUAACCUCUCCCCUCCCGACAUCUCCCUUGCCUCGGUACUCUAAGAGGGUUUCGCAAGACCAGUCACUCUCGUUGCAAUAGUGUAGCGACGGUGAGGCUGCGGAUCAUAUUUCAGUUCUUUGGGAGCACUAGUGGUCCAUGGACCACAGGUUGGGAACCACUGCUUUAGAAUAGCAGAGAGAGCAAAUUGCAGUGUGGUUUUACUUAGAUUUGGGAUGCACUCCCUUUGGCUUACUUGACACCAAGAAGAAGCCAUUUGACCUCAGCAUACACCUACCUCCCAUAUCUCAGCCUAAAACAUUUUACCCAUUAUCUAUCUUGAUCCUAAUAGAUUUUUGGCACUCAUCCAGAAGUGAUCUUCUAAAACUGCAACUUCCAUGAUUCCUGGCUGUUAAAAUGGCAUCAAACUGCAUUAAUUCUAAAAUGUAGAUGCACACAUAUAAUCUGCUCUGUAUCAUUAUAGAUUUGAUCAUUAUAGCUUUGAUGCCCAGUGUUAGAUGGAGACUAUUUACACCCCAUGUAUUGCAAUGUAUUGAAAUCUCAUUUUGAAAUCAACAAAACUGAAAAUAAAAAAAUAUUUAAAUUGA